GAUUUUCGAUACUUGAUCAGUGGUGGAAAAGGCAAUUGCAAAGCUGGAAAGGAAAAGCUGUCUUUCUGCACCACUCCGUCCCACAUCUCAUCUCAUCUCGUUUCCUAAAUCCUAUUCAAUUUAAUUUCUCCACCACAUAUUGAAUUUCAAUUCAAUUUGAAUGUCCAAAAUAUGGUAACAAAAGAUUCAGAAUCAAAACAACAAGAUUAUUAUUACUAAUCUCUACCAAUAAACAAGGUGCGUACUUUAGCACCUAUCUAUCAUGCUCAUGGAUUCUUCUCCCUUCUCACGGCAUCCUUACUCUCACUGACACUCAUACCAACCAAGACAACAAGAGAAAAGAACCAAUUCCUUUUUAUUUUUUAUUUUUUAUAGUAUUCUUCUUCCCCCAAUUCACAAAAAGGAAACCCUAGAAAUUUUCUCAUUCCUAUUAAUUCCCAUUCAUUUCUUUCCAUAUAUACAAAUCUUCACCCAUUACAUAUACUUCUGGAGUAGGAGGGGGGUUUUGUACAAAAACAAAAAUUUCAAUCAAACCCUAGAACACAAACAAUGUCGUCGAUUAUCAAAUUUUCACGGUUUUUCUCUGCCGUUAUGACCGUAAUCAUCAUCUCCCCCUCCCUCCAUUCAUCUCAUUACCCAGCUUUAGCCAUAAGAUCUUCUAUCAUUCAUCAUAUUCCUCACCAUGAUUACCGUUUCUACUUUCACACAUCUCCGUUUUUUCGUAAUGCCGAUCAAUGCGAACCGAUUUCAAGGGAAAUCGGUGCAUGUCAUCCAAGUUUGGUUCAUGUAGCUAUUACACUCGAUGUCGAGUAUCUUCGUGGUUCAAUCGCUGCGGUGCAUUCCAUUCUUUAUCACGCUUCUUGUCCAGAGAAUGUUUUUUUUCACUUUCUUGUUACAGAUACGGAUCUGGAAACAUUGGUUCGAACAACUUUUCCGCAGUUGAGAUUCAAGGUGUAUUAUUUCGAUCGGAAUAUUGUUAAGAAUUUGAUUUCAACUUCUGUGAGACAAGCGCUUGAACAGCCUUUGAAUUACGCUAGAAAUUAUCUAGCGGAUCUGUUAGAAAGUUGUGUGAAAAGAGUGAUUUACUUGGAUUCAGAUCUUGUUUUACAAGACGAUAUUGCGAAGCUGUGGAAUACUGAUUUAGGGUUGAAUACAAUCGGAGCACCGCAAUAUUGUCAUGCUAAUUUCACCAAGUAUUUUACGGCGGCGUUUUGGUCCGACCCGGUGUUUUCUACGACGUUUGAGAAGAGAAAAGCUUGUUACUUCAACACUGGGGUGAUGGUGAUGGAUCUAGUGAAGUGGAGGAAGAAAGGGUACACGGAGAGGAUUGAACGGUGGAUGGAAAUUCAGAAGGUAGAAAGGAUCUACGAGCUUGGGUCACUACCACCGUUUCUGUUGGUUUUUGCAGGACACGUGGCGGCAAUUGAGCAUAGGUGGAAUCAACAUGGUUUAGGUGGUGAUAAUGUGAAAGGUAGUUGUAGAGAUUUGCAUCCUGGUCCUGUUAGUUUGUUGCAUUGGUCUGGUAGUGGAAAACCAUGGAGGAGACUUGAUGAAUCAAAACCUUGUCCUCUUGAUGCACUUUGGGAACCCUUUGAUUUGUAUGGACAUAGACGCAGAUAUGAAUCAUUAUAGCUAGUUGAUUGAUUCAUUUUUUUUUUCUGUUAAAUGUCUCUACUCUGUGACUGUACUCUUGAUUUGAUUAUUUUGGUUAAUUUUUUUGUUCCACUUAUGAGAUUAUUAACCAGAUAGUGAUAUUUAGUCAUUGAUUUUCAGUUUUUGUUCA